UCAUAAGCAGAGCAGCAGCGGAUUGGCCAGCGGGGAGAGGCGGCGGGGGCGGGGGGGGGGCUUCCUGCGGCCUCCUUUGCGCUGACCCCGGCAUGGCGGUGAUGGGGGUGCAGGUGGUGGUGAGCCUGCUGGCAGCCAGCGUCAUGCAGAAGCUGGCCCCGCACUGCUCCUUCGCCCGCUGGCUGCUCUGCAACGGCAGCCUGCACCGCUACAAGCACCCGUCGGAAGAGGAGCUCCGGGCCCUGGCGGGCAAGCAGCGUCCCAAAGCCAAGCGGGACAGGAGGGUGAACGGCGUGCUGGACGACAAGGCCCUCUCCGUGCCCCGUGACAUCGACCUCCACCUGGACACCAGCCCCAUCACCGCCGUGGAUGCUCUCGUGCUGCGGUAUUUCCUGGAGUACCAGUGGUUUGUGGACUUCGCCGUCUACUCCACCGCCGUGUACGUCUUCACCGAGGGCUACUUCUGCCUGGCGGACCCCCAGAAGGAGACGAACAUCGGGGUGCUAUGGUGCCUGCUGACGGUCGUCUUCUCCGUUAAGGUUUUCUUCAUGGUGAUGCGCCAUUAUUUCCGCUCGGAGGAGGGGGGUGAGCGCUCCGUCUGCCUCACCUUCGCCUUCUUCUUCCUCCUCCUCGCCAUGGUGGCCCUGGUCAUCCGCGAGGACUACCUGGAGUUCGGCCUCGAGCCUGGGCUGGCCGGCGUCAGCAGCAACCUGGAGAGUGUCCUGAAGCAGCGGGGCUGGGAGUGGACGCUGCCCCUCGGCAAGCUGGCCUUCAAGCUGGGGCUGGUGGCCCUGUGCUCCUUCCUGGGCGCCUGCCUGACCUUCCCGGGGCUGCGCCUGGCCCAGACGCACCUCGACGCUCUGCGGAUGGCGGCCGACAAGCCCCUGACCCAGGUCCUGCUCCACGUGAGUUUCCUGGCGCCCGUCAUCGUGGUGGUGAUGUGGAUCAAGCCCAUCUCGAGGGAUUUCCUGCUCCACGCGCCCAUGGGCAAGCAGACGGUGCAGAUCAUGUCGGACUCUGCCUACAACACCGCGCGCCUCUGGACCAUCGUCGGCCUCUGCCUGCUGCGCCUGGCCGUCACCCGCCACCACCUGCAGGCCUACCUGUGCCUGGCCGAGCGCUGGGUGGAGCAGAUGAGGAAGGAAGCGGGGCGCAUCGCCGUCGUGGAGAUCCAGCGCAAGAUCACGAGGAUUUACUGCUACGUGUCGGUGGUCAGCCUGCAGUACCUGGGGCCCGUCAUCCUCAGCCUGCACUGCGCGCUGCUCCUCAAAACGCUGGGGCACCACUCGUGGGGGCUGUACCCGGAGCCCUCUCCCGUCCCUCCGGCAGCGACCGCGGCACCACCGCGUCCCGGCAGCGAGGACGGGGAGGACGUGCGUGCUGCGGUGGAGCAGAUCACGGGCGUCUUGGGCGGCAUCUUCACCCCUCUCUUCUUCCGCGGACUCCUCGCCUUCCUCACCUGGUGGGUGGCCGUCUGCCAGGUCGUCACCAGCCUCUUCGGCCUCUACUUCCACCAGUACCUGGCAGCAUCCUGACUGGGGGAGCUGGGACCUGUCUGGGGGCACAGUCAGCGCCCGGCUGCUGGCCCACGCGCGUCCCGUGCCUGCGGGGCAUUUGCCUUUGCCACCUUGCUGCUGCCUCAGCUGGCCUCCCCGCUUACACGUGCCCGCGGUGUGCGUGGACACGAGGACGUGCACCUGGGGACACUUCUGCAGCCAGCUCUUGGCACGACGGGUUUUGUGCAUCUGGGUGCGGCGGUGCCGGCACAGGCAUCGCCUUCUCCCCUUCCUGCUGCCCUUCACCACCGUGCCUGUCUCCAUCCCUCCGGCCCCGUGCGGGAUGCUGCCUGCACGGGGACGGAGGCCCCACAGCGGCGUUUGCUGCUGCCAGCUCCGAGCCGUCGCUGCUGGGAAGAGGCUGCUCUGCUGCUAACAGGAUCGUCCUUGCAUGGCAGAGGCCUCGCGGCCAGCUUGGGGCAACGUCCUCCCUUCCCAGCGCAGACUUUGGGGUUUUGCUCUACGUAGUUUGCCUCUCCUGGCUGAGGGCGAGUGUAUUUUUGUAGGGUCUCUGCUCUGGCCAGCCAUGUCAGAGCUGUCGGGCUCAUCCCUCUGCUUUGUGUGAAAUCCUCAGACCCGGCAGCCUCAGCUGGUGGCUGCUGUAGAAAUAAAUAAGUAAGCCAG